AAUCAAAUGCUCCUGCUGAAUGCUAGAUGAACAUCUAUAAAAGGAGAGAAUGACAUCCCUUGUAAGUAAGAGAGCUCAAGUCGUUUCAGCCCAAGUAGGAAGUCUUCUCAGUCUCCAGUCUAACUUAUGGCAGGUUAUGGCUACUCCUACCGAAGCCAUAACCCCCAGUAUGGAUUCGAUCCACAAAAAACCGAAAAGAGCCACAACUCCGAGCAGCUGUGCCGUCCAGCCCUUGAUGAAUUCGGGGGAAGAAGAGUGAUUCCUGGUGACCCUUACCAAAACCCAGGGACCUAUGUCAUGACAAUUGAAACUACCGUUGAACGCGUCCAUCCCCCCGUUUACUCCGAAUACUACAAACAAUGCUCUCCCCCAAGGUAUGAGCACCCCACAAGUUAUGAAGCAGUCAAUAAGCCGCGCGGGCCUUCAAUCUCGAGCAAUGACCGGCCACCUGUGGUAGAGGAAUUCUUCAACAAAGUCCAGAAUGAAGGUAGCCAACCAUCGGGGUUCAGUGCUCCACGGGCCUCGUAUCAGCACAGGAUCCCUGUCUCCGCAGGUUGUUAUGGCACUACUGGCGACCAGCCACCCGAGGUAGAGGGAUUCCCCAACAAGAUCAAGGAUAAAGUGAGCCAACCAUCUGGAUUUGGCGCUCCACGGGCGCCGUACCAGCUCAGGACCCCUGUCUCCACAGGUUAUUAUGACACUACAGGCGACCGGCGGCCUGUGGUAGAGGAAUUCCCCAACAAGAACCAGAGUAAAGUGAGCCAACCAUCUGGGUUUGGUGCUCCACGGGCCCCACACCAGCUCAGGAUCCCUAUCUCUGCAGGUUAUCGUGGCACUACCGGCAACGCUGGGGAUGGGGACUAUGAGAAGGAAAGGCCCAAGCCUAUCACCUAUACCAUGAAGAACGAGGAACCUGACUGUGGUGACCUUAAAGCUGACAAAAUUCUGAAAUCACCGGUGAAAACAGAAGGGGUUUAUGGGGCUAGGCCUGGUCAUCCAACUGGGUCCGUCCUACCGACUCGCCAUAUAUCGUCUGAGAGAGAGCAAACCAACCGACCACCUUCUAUGAUCAUGGCCAGACGUGGGGAGAGGCAUGUUCCCAGUAUGGAGCUCAGUAAACCAAUGAAUGACAUAGACACGGCGAUGGAGUACUUUAAAGGUGAUAGAAUUCCGAAACUGCCCGUGGCCACAGAAGGUGGUCGUGCCGUUAGGCCUGGCCAUCCAACAGAGUCCACUUUGCCAAAUAAUUAUGUCUCUUCCGAGAGAGGAGAAAGGACCUUUCAACCACUAUCUACGACCAUGACAGGAGGUAGGGAGAGGCGUGGUCAUGAUAUGGGGCUUGAACCGAUGAAUGAAAGAGGCAAGAUAAUGGACUUCUCAAAGGAAGCUGUGAAGCCUUCAUCAGGCAGUACAGUUCCCAAAAGAGAUUCUAUCCCUGAAACAAUCGACAGCAGGGAAGCCAGAAGGAGAUAUGCGAAUGUCAAUUCCUCACCAGAGCUGAAUUCGACAGGUUACACCACUACAAUCAACAGUCGGGAGGCUGCAAGGAGGUACAGGGGAGAAUUGGUGUGAAAGCAAGGUUUGCAUUGAUCAGCUGUCACCUUUAGCAAGUAACUAGCAUAUGUGUGCACUUGAUAAUGUACUGUGUUGCAAUAAGCAUUUCGGGAAGCAAAGCUCAGACAAGUAGUUUACAGAACUCUAGUUUAUGAGCAGAAUAUGUAAACCGGGAUAGCCAAGGCUAUUUUAGAGUUCCUUCUAGCCAUUUCAUUGA